UUCUGUUGUUGAUUUCCUCUUGUGUUUUAGAUCAUGGUCUUGUUCAUCAUUCAACUUCUAUUAAGCUUCAGGUGAUGGAUUGCUACCGACAUUCUCUGCAAAAUGUCUUGAUGAAAUUUUGAAUUCAUUGUACCUUCAAUGAUUGCAGUUUGUCCAGGCCCUGAGGCAGUAAAGCAGCCCUAAACCAUGAUGCUCCUUCCAUCAUACUUCACAGCAUAUAAAACGGUGUCUGGUGUAAAUGGGCCAUUGGUGAUUCUGGAUGAAGUAAAGUUUCCAAGAUUUGCAGAAAUUGUGCAUCUUACUCUUCCUGAUGGCACUGUCAGAAGUGGACAAGUUUUGGAAGUCAGUGGCAAUAAGGCUGUAGUACAGGUUUUUGAGGGAACAUCAGGUAUCGAUGCAAAGAAAACAGCCUGCGAAUUUACUGGUGACAUACUUCGCACACCUGUGUCUGAAGAUAUGCUUGGCAGAGUAUUCAAUGGAUCAGGUAAACCUAUUGACAGAGGACCUACAGUACUGGCUGAAGAUUAUCUGGAUAUUAUGGGUCAGCCUUUAAAUCCACAAUGUCGUAUAUACCCAGAAGAAAUGAUUCAGACAGGAAUCUCUGCGAUUGAUGGCAUGAACAGCAUUGCUAGAGGACAAAAAAUACCAAUAUUUUCUGCUGCAGGUUUACCCCAUAAUGAGAUUGCUGCCCAGAUCUGCCGUCAAGCCGGUCUAGUUCAGAAAUCCAAAGAUGUUAUGGAUUACAGUUCAGCAAAUUUUGCCAUUGUGUUUGCAGCCAUGGGUGUUAAUAUGGAAACAGCAAGAUUCUUUAAAUCUGACUUUGAAGAAAAUGGAUCAAUGGACAACGUCUGUCUGUUUUUGAAUCUUGCUAAUGACCCAACCAUUGAACGCAUUAUUACCCCCCGUCUUGCACUGACCGCUGCAGAAUACCUUGCUUACCAAUGUGAAAAACAUGUGCUGGUUAUCUUAACAGACAUGAGUUCUUAUGCUGAAGCUCUGAGAGAGGUUUCAGCAGCUCGAGAAGAAGUGCCUGGUCGUCGAGGUUUCCCUGGUUAUAUGUACACAGAUCUGGCCACCAUUUAUGAACGAGCUGGACGUGUUGAGGGUAGAAAUGGGUCCAUCACACAGAUUCCCAUCCUCACUAUGCCAAAUGAUGAUAUUACCCAUCCGAUUCCUGAUUUAACUGGAUACAUCACAGAAGGACAAGUCUAUGUUGACCGGCAGUUACACAAUAGACAGAUCUAUCCUCCUAUUAAUGUAUUACCAUCACUAUCUCGAUUAAUGAAGUCUGCCAUAGGAGAAGGUAUGACACGCAAAGAUCAUCCAGAUGUGUCUAACCAGCUGUAUGCUUGCUAUGCUAUUGGCAAAGAUGUCCAGGCAAUGAAAGCUGUGGUUGGUGAAGAAGCUCUCACCCCUGAUGACCUGUUAUAUUUAGAAUUUCUGCAGAAAUUUGAGAAGAACUUUAUUGCACAAGGUGCUUAUGAGAACAGGACCGUAUUUGAAACAUUGGAUAUUGGGUGGCAGUUGCUCCGAAUUUUCCCCAAGGAAAUGUUGAAGCGUAUUCCUCAAAACAUACUGACAGAGUUUUAUCCAAGAGAUUCUACCAGACAUCAGUAAAUCUCUAAAUACAAGAGUAAAAUUUUAUUUUCAACUUUAAAGAACAUAUUAAGUAUUGGAGCAUUCUACACCUCACACAAUCCAGUUGUUUACAUAUAUCUACUUGUUUGUAUUGUAAAGAUUUAAAAGAUAAAUGAACAAAGUAUUAUUUUGGAGUCCAAAAAUUACAGAUAUUUAAGAGAAGAAUGUUUAUGUUAGCAUGCUGGUACUUGUAGAAAUUUGUCUGCACACAUUGGAGAUCAAACAACCACUGGAAAAUAUAAAUGAUUUUAUCACUGAAGGAAAAAAACUAAAUUAGGUAUUAAAAGACAAUUUGCAUAGUCAGUUUAAGCCUAACAAAUAUAGACAUUUGCUACAUUUGAAAUGUGGCAAAAUUUGGAUACAUUUUGCUAUCAAGAAAAUGUAAGUCAAAAUUAACAACUAAUAUUUGCAUACCUAAUCACUUAAUUCAAUUCUUUGUGGAAAGUGUUCUGUGACAUGUAAAGCAAUGUUUAAUAAUGUUUCUUUGUAAAUUACAUAUAAAUUAAUGGGACAAAUUGAUCUGUUUUAAUUAAAUGGUGCAAUUGAUUUUUAUGUGCUGGUCUUCAAAUUACUCUUUUUUGAAACAUAAUGGUGAAAAUAGUACAUCGAAAGUCAUUCGAAUCUGUGAUUACUGAUCUUAACAAAAUGAUAUAGGAAUACAUUCCAAAUGAUUGUAAUAAAAAUGAUAAAUAAACAAAAAUAACAGGC